GCCAUCCCAGAGCACAUGGCACAGGAGCGUGUCCUGAUGGUUCUGGAAUAUCCCCAGGGAGGAGACUCCACCCCCUGCCUGGACAAUCUGUUCAGUGCUCGGUCACCGCACAGGAACAAGUUCUUCCUCGUGUCCAGGUGGAACUUCCCGGGCAUCGGUUCCUGCCCGUUCCUCCUGUGCCAUUGCUGGGCCCCCCCAGCAGAGCCUGGUCCAUCCUCUGCCCCCUCCCUGCAGCCCCUGACGGACACUGGGGAGGGCCCCUCUCAGUGUCCCCCCUGGAGGCUGAACAGCCCCAGCUCCCUCAGCCUGUCCUGGUCACAGAGAUGCUCCAUCCCUUCAGCACCUCCACAGGAGAAUCAUCUUCCAGGAGCUCCAUGUCCCCCUUAUCCCGAAGAGCCCAGACCCGUGCCACUGAUCCCAACCCUCCGGAAUCUGCCACUCAGCCAGUUCCCAAUCCAUCCCACUGCCCAUUCAAGCAAGGAGGAGCAUCCCUCGAGCUGGAUGCUGUGCGGGUCCCCCGGGAGCCACUCGGCCACUUCGGAGGGACCCCGGGACCCCUCCUCGGACCCUCCCGGGCUCCGCCUCCGGGGAGUGUCCGGAGCCGGGCCCGCCCGCGGGGAGCAGCGCGGGGCCAUGGCGGAGCUCCGGGAGCGCCUCGAGGCGCUCGAGCGAAGGAUGGAGCGGGCGGAGGCGGCGCUGCGGGAUCGAAUCCCCCCGGCCCUGCGGCUCCGCACGGUGCCGGUGCGGUUCGAGGAGGUGGCGCUGCGGUUCAGCCGGCAGGAGUGGGACACCCUGGACGAGGGACAGCGGGAGCUCUACCGGAGCGUCAUGGAAGGCAACUACGAGAUGCUGGUGUCCCUGUACUGUGCCCUGUCCAAGCCUCAUCUGCUACUCUGGCUGGAAAGAGGAGAAGAGCUGAGCACGAUGACGGAGUCUGAGCCAGAGGCAGUGAAUGUGUCCCCAGAGCUGGCUGUAGAGCUGGCCCGCCCGAGCUGCUCCAGAGGUGAUGGGAUGCUGGGGGCAAAGACAACAGAGCCUGGUGAGGGGAGCUGCAGGGAGCCAGAGGAGAGCAGGAACCUGGUGAAGGAAAGUGGGAACUUGGUAGAGGAAAGUGGAAACCUGGCAGAGGAAGGUGGGAAGCCAUCAGAGGAAGGUGGGAACCCAUCAGAGGAAAGUGGGAGCCCAGCAGUCCUGGAGAACUGCAGCACACCCCCCAUCCCUCUGGAAGCUGCUGUCCCAGGGGAUCUCAGCCAGCCAUCCCCGGCCCCUUCCCAUCUGCUCUCUGCCUGCUGUCGAGAAGCAGCGGAUCAGAACCAGUCUCCAUCACCUCCCACUGCAGCAGCAGACACCGAGGUGGGGAUCCCAAUGGAGGUGCCACAGGAGGAGGUCACUGUGGAGAAGCCAGUAGUGCCUGGAACAUCCUCAGAGGGUCCGGAAGAGGAGAAGGGUCUGGAACAGGAGGAUGUGAAAGAUUCAGGGAAUGUUGGCCAAGGUCCAGCGGCUGACGUUCCCAAAGGACCAGGAGAGGUAGAUUCUGGCCCAGAAAAGCCGGAGAAGGGCUCCUGCGUGGGCCGGCCGGCGGGCUGCCAGCGAAAUGCCACCCGGGAAUUCUACUCCUGCCCCAUCUGCAGCAAACGCUUCCUGCUGAAGAUCAACUUCCUGAUCCACCAGCGCAGCCACAGCAACUCGGUGCCCUACGUCUGUGUGCACUGCGACCGCAAGUUCAUGUCCAAGAAGAAAAUCAGGCGGCACCUCCGGGCCUGGGCGGCCAGCGGGACGUGCCAGCCCUCGGAGCCGGAGCCACGUCCCAGCCGGACACCGUGUCCGACCUCCCAGCCCCAAACACAGGUGGCCAAUGGGACAUGCCAGCCCCUGGAUGCUCAGGUGUGUCCCAGGCAGGUGCCGUGCCCGACAUCCCAGCCCCAGGCCUUGGUGCCCUACGGGACCAGCCAGCCCUCGGAGCCAGGGGUGUGUCCCAGCCAGGUGCUGUGCCCGACAUCCCAGCCCCAAAUGUGUGUGGCCAGUGGGACCUGCCAGGGCCCAAAGCCAGAGGAGUGUCCCAGCUGGACACCGUGCCCAACGUCCCAGCCCCAAACCUGGGCAGCCAACGGGACCUGCCAUGCCUCAACGCCGGAGGCACAUCCCAACCAGGUGCUGUGCCCAACAUCCCAGCCCCAAACCUGGGCAGCCAAUGGGACCUGCCACCCCUCAGCGCCGGAGGCGCGUCCCAACCAGGUGCUGUGCCCAACAUCCCAGCCCCAAACCUGGGCAGCCAACGGGCUGUGCCAGCCCUCAGAGCCGGAGGUGUGUCCCAAUCAGACACCGUGCCCACCAUCCCAGCCCCAAGCCUGGGCAGCCAACGGGACCUUCCAGGCCUCAAAGCCAGAGGCGUGUCCCAGCCACACACCCUGGCCAACGUCCCAGCCCCAAACCUGGGCAGCCAGUGGGAUCUGCCAACCCCCGAAUCAGCCAGAGGUGUGUCCCAGUCAGACACCGUGCCCGGCCUCCCAGCCCCAAGCCCUGAGCAGGGACCGUGGCACGGUGUGGGAGGAGCCCAGCCCUGCCAGGUGCCCGCUGUCCCCUGGGAAAAUGCUGUACACGUGCAGCGAGUGCCUGGAGAACUUCUCCAGCCAGAGCUUCCUGACGGUGCACCAGCGCCAGCACUCCGGCCGCCACCUCAUCCUGUGCCCCUGCUGCAACUGGAGCUUCACCUGCAUCUCCGACUUCGUCCGGCAGCACUGGGCACACGCCGGUGUCCGGCCCCACCAGUGCGGGAUCUGCCAGAAGACCUUCAAGAGGUUCUACCACCUCAAGGUGCACCGCAGGACCCACAUGCGGCAGAACCGGCCGCUCCCCCGCGCCGACCCGCUGCCCAUCCCGGCGGGAACCGUGCCAGGAGACGGGGUGGGAAGCCAGGGUGUGACCUCCAAGGGGUGCUGUGCUGCUGCUGGACCUUAAGGGGUCCUCCCGGGAGUGGGGGGCUGCUCUUGGACCUCAGGGUGUACUCUCAGGGAUGGGAAGCUGCUGUGGGACCUUGAGGUGUCCUCUCAGGGAUGUAAUGUUGCUGAUGGACUUUGAAGUGUCCUUUCAAGAAUGCUGCUGAUAGACCUCGAAGUGACCUUCCAGGAAUGAGAUGCUGCUGAUGGACCUUGAAGUGACCUCCCAGAGAUGGGAAGCUGCUUAUGGACUUUGAGGUGUCCUCCUGGGCACAGGAAGCUGCUGCUAGACUUUGAAGUGUCCUCCCAGGGAUGGGAAGCUGCUGUUGGAACUUGACGUGUCCUAUGGGAAAUGGGAUGCCACUGCUGAACCUCAAAGUGACCUCCUGGGACUGGGAGGUCACUGCUGGACCUUGAAGUGACCUUCUGGGGAUGGGAAGCUGCUGUGGGCCUUCUACUCUCCUCCCCUCUACCUCUGCAACCUCUCCGACUCUCCUGCCCCCGGGGCGGAGGGAGCCCACCCUGCCCACACUUGGGGGGCUCCUUGUUUCCGAGCCAUGAUGGAGCAGGUGGGAUGCCAGGAGUGGGUCCCUGUUCUGGAGAGUGCCAAUAGAUGCUGUAGAAACCAGAA